AUACAAUUUCCAAGGCCUUGCUCCUGGUAGCCAGUAUACUGUUGAAGUUAUUACCACCAAUUUGGAGAGAAGAAGUAAACCUUCCAUUGCGAUCCUAUACACUCAACCAGGGAUGCCAAGCCAAGUGGUUACAUCAGAGCAACCAGUGACGUCUGUAUUUCUGACCUGGAGGCCACCAGCAGGACAGGUGGACAAGUAUAAGCUUGGUUUUGGUCUGCUUUCCGUGGCCAGGAAAUCAUGGACUGAGGUGUUUGUCAAUAGCACAAGCUAUGAGAUUGGAGAACUGAUCCCAGGGUCAGACUAUGCUGUCAGCAUUCAGAGUGUGCUGGGCUCAGACUGCAGCCAUGCAGCAAACAAAGAGUUCAUCACAUUUCCUGCAGGAUUAUGCAGCCUCCGUUUAGAUAAAGUGGAUUCUUCGUCCUUUUCUGUGAACUGGAAUGGGGCGCUUGGAGGGUAUGACUUUCACAGAGUGACUGUGGCCAACACCUCGGUCACAAAAACACUCACAAUACCAAAAGAGGAACUGGUUGCUGUGGUUACAGACCUGCUGGACGGUUGCAGCUACAAUGUGAGUGUCGAGAGAGUGAGAGGAGUGAGAGCAGGAAGUGCUUCUUUUCUGACUAUCACCACAGAGCCAAAACAUGUGAGAGGUGUGCAUUUGGUCUUUGUUUCUGCACGUGCAUUCUCACUACGCUGGCUGCAAGCAGAGGGAUGCGUAGAUCGCUACCAAGUGAGCCUGCUGCCAAACCAAGGAACAGUCAUAUUUCACCCUGUAAAUGAUGGAUGCAUUCAGGCUAACGUGGUGGAUGUUAGUCCUGGGACACAGUACAUUGUGACGGUCUCUGCAGUCACCUCUUCCAAAAGCAGCCCUGGAGUCAGUCGCAUUAUCUUUACCAACCCAAGUGUUCCUGGUCCCCCACAGGCCCUUGAAGGAGAAGCUGUUGGUUCUAAUGGGAUUCUCCUGUCAUGGAUGCAACCCGAUGCAAACAAUAUAGAUGGAUAUGUAAUCAGGUACAAAGAGGUUUGCCCAUACCCGGCUCCCUCUUUCACACAGGUGACCAAGUAUCUGGAUGUACCGGAGACUCUGAUCACCGACUUCACCUCAGGUUCAACAUACCACAUCCAGGUAGCAGCUAUGUCUCCAGCAGGAAUAGGGUCCUUCAGCAAACCUUUGUACAUAAAGACAUCUGAGUCACCCCCUGGCCUGGUGACCAAUUUGACCGCGUAUGCUCAGAACCACACCUUUGUCAUGGUCACCUGGUUCCUGCCGCAACGCAUAAACGGCCUCAUCACCAAGUUUGCUGUUAAGGCAAAACAUGCUCGAACAGGGCAGACGGUCCGCACGCUGGAAGUCAACGCGGAGGAAAUCAUGACUGGAGCUCUCCCUCACUGCAAUGAUGCGGCUGAUAUUUUGUCACGAGCAACUCCCAGCCCCUUUGAAAUAACUGCAUCAUCUCCAGCCAUCACCCUCUCUGCCGUCCCUCCUGCAGCCUCUUGGAACGUGCCCAUAUCAGUAGGAGUAGAUCAGCUGCGCCCUUACACUGCCUAUCUGUUUGAGGUUUCUGCCUUCACCUCUGAUGGAGAGGGACAGGUAGCUUCCACCAUGGUUCGAAUGCCAGAAUCAGCACCUGAGGAUCCACCUCAAAACGUUUCAGUGUUGAACAUGACAUCUAGAUUGAUUUCCGUGUCGUGGAACUCUCCGAACAUCAUCACUGGAAAGUUCACCUAUGUGCUUUAUCUUUAUGGACCUACAGGUUUUUUGUAUGACAACAGUACAUUGGAUACGCGUUUUCUUUUUACCGGGUUGACUCCCUACACAAAGUACAGAGUAGCUGUCCGAGCAAAAGCUGCAGGAGAAGUGGGACCAGCAGCUGAGAAGGUUGUAAUAACACCUGCUGAAGCACCAAGCACAGUGCAAAACCUGGAGGCAGUGGCUGAGGAUUCAAUUUCAAUUCGCGUUAGCUGGAGAAGCCCUGCCCAGCCCAAUGGUCUAAUAACUCAGUACAGACUGCAGGUCCUGGCUGAUGACACUCUGCUGCAGGAUAUCACCCUCAUAUCAGGGAAUAUAACUGAUUUAAACAAGACUCAAACACUUCCUCCUAAUGUCAGCAACAGUCUGAGACGGAUAAAGAGAUCUGAUGAGCUCAGUCUGGUCACGUCACCACCAACUUUCACGGCUACGGUUUCAGCCCGCACUCCACCCACUGCAAUGACUGCUUCCAGCUUUGCUCGCUCAGAAAGUAGAAGCACUGGUCACACUGCCAACACAGAUUUUCAGCCUACCCUGCACCCUGCACUUGCGGAUGAGUCCACCCCGGGUUAUGAUUCAGAAAGCAUUACUCAGUCUUCUGACAACGUCAACUCUAGGACGUCUGCACUGUCUAUGAUUUCUGUGUCACUUAAUACGCUUCCACCCUGGCUCAUGCAGCAGUCACACACAGAGGCGGUGACCUCAACCACCUCAGCCUUGCGUCUGACUCCAGGUCAGCAGCGCCUGUCCACACGUGACGCUUCAUUUACAGGACACAUUUCAACACGCAACGCUGGAGUAACAGGAACUACAGGUGUAACAGUGAAAGAAGAAGUGGUGGAUGUUUUGUCUGAGAAACUUUCCUACCUGGUGUCAGAUCUGAAUCCUUUUACUGAGUACACAUUCAGAGUCACUGCUUCCACCACUGCAGGAGAGGGACCUGCUGCAGAUAUCACUGAGAAGACCAGUGAGCAGGUCCCUAGCUCAGUGCUCAAAGUGUCCUAUCAAAAUAUCAGCUCCACAUCAAUUCUAGUGAACUGGGUGCCACCACUCAAUCCCAAUGGGCGGAUCACACAUUACAGCGUAUACGGUCUUAAUCUGCGGAGCAAUCGAGCCCUGAAUUGGGUUACCAACACCACCAGCAUAUUAAUAUCAGAUCUGGAUAAGUACACUGGCUAUAAACUACGCGUAGCUGCAUCUACCGCUGUGGGAGAGAGCUCUCUGUCAGAGGAGGAUGAUGUUUUUGCUUUUACUUUAGAGGAUGAGCCCGACUCCCCACCUGAAAAUAUUUCUGUGCUUGAAACGAGCCCCUCUACAGCCACUCUGACCUGGUCUGCUCCAGAGAAAGCUAAUGGAGUGAUCCAGUACUACGAGGUCUUCUAUGAAAACGAGUCCUACUCUGCGAUGACGAACAGCACUUCUAACAGAGUCACUCUGAUUAGUUUGAAGCCGUUCUCAUUUUACAACGUGUCUGUGAGGGCAUACACACGCUAUGGCAAUGGCAACCAAACAUCUGAAACGUUGUACCUGCUGUCUGGAGAAGAUGUUCCAGGCAGUCCUCCAUAUGGGCUUUCCUACGAGUCGGUCAGUCCCAGUGAGGUGAAUGUGACGUGGAAUGCUCCUCUGCAGCCAAACGGCGUUGUUACUCACUACAGCCUGGAGCUGUGGAACUCCACCCACUACUUAAACCUCACCUCACCGACCAACUUCCUCCACAUCACGCACCUGAGGAAGUACGCACAGUACCGCAUUGUGGUCCAAGCGCACACUCGGGCGGGGUCAGGAAACUUCAGCAGCGAGCCACUCAACAUCACCACACUUGAGGAUGCUCCAGACACCCCCCCUCACUUCUUUCAAGCCAGGAAGUUGUCCGACUAUGAGGUAGAACUGUCAUGGGAGCCAUCACUUAAUGCCAACUCAGAAAUAUUGUAUUACAUUGUCAGAGUUUGGAAUGAAUCUGCUGAGACUUGGCAGAAUGUAACCGAGACCUCUGUGGUUAUUAAUGUGGACUCAAUGAGUAGCUACAAUGCCUCUGUCUCCAGCUUUACCAGACUAGGAGAUGGAGGAGUGCAAAACAUUAUCCGCUUUAGCACUUCUGAAGCAGAGCCAUUAGACCCACCACAGAAUGUGACAGUUGUCAAUGUGACUGCUUCCUCUGUCACCUUGAUGUGGCAACCUCCGACAGAACCAAAUGGAAUCAUUGUGCACUACACUAUUUACUAUGCUGAGAACAGCACUGUGAUGGAAAAGAGAGUUCUUGUGUCAGACUUACCUGUCCGUUACUUCCUCGACUCGCCCUUCAUCUACACCCUGACUCAGCUGAUUGGAGGCAGUAACUACACCAUGUGGAUGACUUCGAGCACUGAACAGGGCGAUGGAGGGGUCCAGUCGGAGCCUAUAAACCUGCUCUUGCCGGAAGAUGUACCGAGUGACUCGGUCUCAAACCUGACGGCUCAGAUCUUCAGCUCCACAGCCAUCAUUGUGAGCUGGGAUCCUCCAAUGGAGCCAAACGGCCGUCCCUACUACAUACUCACCUUACAGGAGGCCGGCAUAUUCCCAAACAUGACCAGCCCAGGGAUUCUGGCUGUCAACAAGACUAUCAAGCAAACCACAACAGACAAUGUUUCACUAUUUACCAAACUCAGGAAGUAUUUCCCAUAUGUACUGACUGUUACUCCAGCAACCGGUGCUGGUCCUGCCUACAACCAAACAAGCACCAUGUACCUGAGAACAGAUGAUGACAGUCCCAGUUCUCCUCCAUUGCUGAUGUCCACCAGAAACCUGUCCUCGUCCUCAAUCGCUGUGGUCUGGCAACGCCCUCUGGAGGCUAAUGGGGAGAUAACAGAGUACACCCUAACUAUGUCUGGGCAUGGGAGCACCAACACAACACAGACCCCCAACACCUCGAUCAUCCUCACUAACCUAGUGUCAUACACAGCUUACAACCUCACCAUCAUAGCGUCAACACGUAAAGGCGCAGGGCCCAGCCUGCUUGUGCAUCUUCACACAGAUGAAAGCGGCCCCUCCUCCCCUCCCCGUAACCUGACUUUAUACAACCACACAGCAGUUUCCGUGUGGCUGACCUGGGAGCCUCCUCUGGAGCCUAAUGGAGUGGUGAUAAAGUACGGAUUCCGGAUCCAAGACCUCAUCACACAAACCGUCACACAUCGGAAUUCCUCUGGUCCGUCAGCCAUGGAGCAUCUGUCAGGGUUCAGGCCUCAUAGCUCCUAUGAGAUCAGUGUGUACAGUUACACCAGAGUGGGCCAUGGGAAUCAAUUCAGCAGCCCUGUGACCUUCACAACCAAUGAGUCAGUCUCAGAUGCUGUGGGGAAUCUGUCCUGCUCAGGAUUGAGCUGGGAUUCUGUCCAACUGUCCUGGGAAGUUCCAGCCAACCCAAAUGGACAAAUUCUGUUUUAUGAGAUCACAGUAGAAGUCGACAUGCAAACCUUCACACAUCAGGCCAACGCACCAGAGUACACAGUGACUGGCCUGUCACCAGACCAGGAGUUUGCAUUCGCUGUAGCUGCAGUGAACUCUGCAGGACCAGGAGACAGCCUGAACUGCACAGCCUUCACUCUUUCUGAAUCAGUUCCAACUGCUCCUCGCUUCUUCUACAUCUCUGAGGUCACAGCUACCAAUGUGACCCUUCAGUGGGCAACACCAGUCUCUGUUCCUGGCCUGCUGAAAGAGUAUCAUGUCGUUGCACAGCUGAUUUCCACUGUUUGCGAACCAAACACACAAGCUGCUGCCCUGCCAACCACAGAGGACGACAUAGCCUCGCAUUGUGUGGAGGACAGUUUUACUGUGUCAGUGAAUGCCUCAGAUAGCGCAGAAGGAAGCAGUGUCACCCUCCAAUCCCUGGCUAAAUACAGAUACUAUCGCUUCAAAGUGGCUGCUGUGACCAACGCCGGACCUGGAGAAUAUGCACUGUGGAGCUAUGCAUUCACCCUGGCUGGAAGCCCUGAUGCUCCUCCUCGUAACCUUAAACUGACCCCAACUUCCACCAGCCUUCGGAUUGCAUGGGAGGUCCCGGCUGUUCUCUCGGGACCAACGUCGUAUCUAGUGCAGGUGGAUGGUCCUGAUAUGAACAUCUCAAUAGUCCGGGGCCCAGGAGAACUGACUACGGUCUUUGUGACUAACUUAAGAGCUUUCAGCCAUUAUGCCGUGACUGUCACCGCCUUCACUGGUUCAUUAGACAAUGUUGGCAGUGAUGGGAAAGCCAUUGGUCUUUUCAUCCAGACGCUAGAGGAGGAGCCGAAAGACCCUCCCAAGAACGUCACUGUCUCUGGUGUCCCAGAAGAAGUGAACAAGGUCAGGGUGAGCUUUAGUCCCCCUGAAGAGCCUAAUGGAAACAUCACAGCCUAUUACAUCCUUGUGUAUGAGAAGGACCAGCUGGUGAAAAAUAUAAGCCUUGAUAACAUCCUCAGAGAAUCCCAAAUGCUUGUUGCUUUCAUAGAUGGCCUUAAAGGAGGGCACACCUACAGUAUACAGACUGCAGCAAGAAAUGGUGCGGGCAGGAGCCCACUCAGUCCACCUGUCCAGAUAACUACAGGGAUUAAAGCUCCAUCCCAGCCAACCCAAAGACCCCAAGCAGUGCUGGGCCAAGGAGGGGUUGCCAUGGUAACCCACAGGAGCAUAACCAUAAAUAUGCCUGCCUGUUACUAUAGUGACGACAACGGACCAAUCGCAAAAAUCCAGGUCAUUGUGGCCGAGUCAGGGGUGAGGGACAACGAGAACCUGACCAACUGGAGGGGAGCCUAUUUUCACCGUCCCGCUCCCUACCUCACUGACACAGGGUUCCCCAAUCCCACAUGCUUAGCGAGGGGCGGGGCAGCAGGUGUGGAUGUGCUCAAAAGAGGCGGUCGUAGCGUAUCUGGGGAUGACCCGUCACUGCUGAGCUACAACCACACCACUGCAGGAACCUACACGAUUGGAGAGAAUGACAACUGCUUGGAGGAGAACAACACUAAUUAUUUCUGCAACGGGCCUCUAAAGCCCAACACCGUCUAUGUGUUUAAAUUCAGAGCCACUAACAUUAAUGGCCAAUACACAGACUCUAAAUUCUCAGAGCAUAUCAGAACUGCAGCAGACGGACUGCUGACCAAGGAGGAACAAAUCAUCCUGGGUGUUUUGCUGUCAUUCUUUCUGGCUGUAUUUCUCAUCCUGCUCAUCUGUUGCUCAGUCAAGAUCCAUCAGCGUAAGAAGGAGGGUGGAACAUAUUCACCCCGAGAGGCAGAGAUCAUUGAGACAAAAUGUAAGCUGGAUCAACUGAUUGCUGUGGCAGAUAUGGAGCUGAAACAAGAAAAACUAAAUCGGUAUUCUUCCUUCUUCUUUAAGCGGAAAGAGAUUUAUGUCAUCCAGCUGCUCAGCUACAGGAAGUCGCUCAAGCCUGUCAACAAGAAAUCCUUCCUGCAGCACGUAGAAGAUCUGUGUGCCAACGACAAUGCAAAGUUCCAGGAGGAGUUUUCGGAGCUCCCAAAGCUGCUGCCAGACCUCGCCACCACAGACGCCGACCUGCCAUGGAAUAAAUCCAAGAACCGCUUCCUCAACAUCAAACCCUACAAUAACAACCGAGUGAAGCUGCUGUCAGAACCGGGCAUGGCAGGAUCAGACUAUAUCAACGCAAGCUUUGUCUCAGGUUACUUGUGUCCCAAUGAGUUCAUAGCCACUCAGGGUCCUCUGCCAAGCACCGUGGCUGACUUUUGGAGGAUGAUCUGGGAGACAGGAACCCGCACCAUUGCUAUGCUCACGCAAUGUUAUGAGAAAGGCAGGAUUCGGUGUCAGAAGUACUGGCCAGAGGACAACAAACCGAUGACAGUGUUUAGUGACAUUCUCAUCUCUAAAGUGUCAGAGGAAGUGCUUCCCGAUUGGACUGUCAGAACACUGAAAGUAGAAAAGCAUGGUCACUACAUUUUAGUCAAACACUUCAACUACACAUCGUGGCCUGAGCACGGGGUCCCAGAGUCCUGCAGCACCUUGAUUAAGUUUGUCAAAGCUGUCCGAGCACAUCGUCAUGACAACGCCACUAUAGUGGUUCACUGCAGUGCGGGUGUGGGAAGAACAGGCGUGUUCGUUGCUCUCGAUCACCUCAAUCAGCACGUCAGAGAUCAUGACUUUGUGGAUAUUUAUGGGCUGGUGGCUGAGCUGCGCAGUGAGAGGAUGUGUAUGGUGCAGAAUCUGGCUCAGUACAUCUUCCUCCACCAAAGUACGCUGGAACUUCUAAACAACAAAGGUAACAGCCAGUCCAUCUGGUUUGUUAGCUACUCUGCUCUGGAGAAGAUGGACUCCCUGGACGCCAUGGAGGGUGAUGUUGAGCUGGAAUGGGAAGAGACCACCAUGUAA